AUGGAUUCCGCUCCAAUACCUUUCUCCAUGGAAAGCGAACAAGACGAGCCUAAGACAGGCGUCUUCUGGGACUUGGAGGAUUUCCCAAUCCCCGAUGAUCUCGAUCCAGCUACGGUUUUACAAAAUAUCAAAUUAGCUCUGCAAAAAAGUGGUCAUCAUGGUGACGUGUUUGUGUGGGCUUAUUUGCCUGGCGGUAAAACGUUCUCGAAGCAUUCAGUGAAGGAGUAUGAAGAUGCUGGAAUCACCACCAUCUCUACCAGAGAGGACAAACAUGCAAGACUAAGAAGGAUGAUACUGGACUUCUUUUUGUGGUCAUUGGACAAUGAACAUCACCCUCCAACGGGACCAAAUAUUUUGGUAGUCACAAAAGACAUGGUCGAUAGAGAGACCACCUUCCUACGUGUCCUCCGCCUUUUGGAAAUUAGGUGUUACCAUGUCUUAUGGGCACUGCCUGAUGAUAAUACCACUGAGUCACCGUCUUGGGUCAAGUCAAGUUGGCAUUGGAGAAUCCUCCUCUCAGGAGGAGAUCCUAUCAACCAAACCCAAAGCUCACCAAGUGUUGCAAAGGAUAUCGGUCACGGGCCGGUUAAACCAUCAACAAAGGCAAUGGAGAUGCGGAAAAUAAGGCAAAUCACGGGUCGUGGACGUGGACGUGGCUAG